UUGUAAACAUGCGGUAAGGUUACAAUUUUUGGUUGAAUUCUGUAGUGUGAAUCUCAUUGAUCGUUAAGCAAAGUAAAUUGCGUUAGCAGUUGCUGAUGAACAUCAAAAAUGUAUGCUACACAAGAGAAAAAAUUCAAAUCUGUGUCAAUGCUCGUUUGGAUAGGCUUCUUCACAUGGAUUACAUGUCAUGGGGUCUUGUCAUUUAUCCCAGACGCCUUGCCAUGCUCUCUAUUUGGCAAGUUUGGUGAUGAUGUUUGCCGUGUAGUCAAAGAAUAUAAUUACGGUAUUAAAAUUGCGUACAUAGCAGUUUGGAUUAUACAUGUUUUCGAGAGUUCCUACGCCCUUUUAUUGAGCAGUUAUUUGGGAUGCAGCUCAUUGGAAAAAGUGAAGUGGUUUUCCCAAACAAUGAUAAGUGGAUCUUUUUCACUGUCGAUUAUCAGAGAAAUGACUCGCAAAUCAAAGCACAAGUAACGAAUGUUAAGCUCUUUUAGAAUAACUAGUUGUAAGAUUUUUUAAGACUUGUACAAACAAGCAAAAAUAUUAAAAAUCUUUUAAUCAGA